ACAACAAUGAGACGUCAACAGAAGGCUUCUCCUGUUGUCCACGCUUUUCUCAGCCUCAAAGGCUCCCUGUGAAUGCAAAAAUGUGUGAUAAUUGCAGUGAUUUCAAAUGUCUUCCACAGCAAAUCAAAAUCCCCCCGGAAUCGCGAUCAAAUUCAUCCUCCUGGCUCUGGCCAGCAUCAUCUGCUAUGGUAGUCACUUAGAUGGGGAAUUCGUUUUUGACGACACGGUGGCUAUUGUGAAGAACUGGGAUGUCACGGGGAAAGCUAGCGUGCAGGACAUCUUCCGGCAUGACUUCUGGGGCUACAAUAUCACCGAUGCAUCCAGUCACAAGUCCUAUCGUCCGCUGACAAUACUAACCUUCCGCCUGGAACACUCGCUGUACGGACUGAACGCCGCCCGGAUGAAGCUAGUCAACCUGGUUCUUCAUAUCUUAGUCACUUGGCUCAUUGUGCCCUUCUGGGGCAGCAUUUUCCACUCCAUUGACGACCAGUGGGUGGCUUUCGGGGCCGCCUUUAUGUUCGCCAUUCAUCCAGUGCACACAGAAGCGGUCUCUGGAAUCGUGGGACGCGCUGAACUACUCGUAGCGCUGAUUUUCUUCACAUCUCUCAUUCUGUACAACACUCAAUUGGCUCACGAAGGAUUGUCAGCCGCAAGACUUGUGAUCUAUCUGGGAUUCUUCAUCCUGCAGACAAUAGCUUUGCUCUUCAAAGAGAAUGGCAUCACAAUAUCUCUCAUGGCUGUCGCCUGUGAAGUGAUCCUCAACACGAAUCUUGUCCAAAAAGUGAAAAACUGGCGGAUUUCCCUGAAUCUUCCUCCAGAAGUCAUCUUCAGAGUGGCUCUGCUCAUCAUCUCGUGCAUCCUGUUGUGCAUAUUCCGGCUCUGGAUCAUGAACUUCCAGAGUCCCUCCUUCAAGAUCAUGGACAAUCCUGUGGCGGCCAGUGAAAGUCUGUCCACGAAAUCCCUGAGCCAAAUGUAUCUCUACGCCCUCAACUACUGGCUCUUGCUCUGCCCCGACUGGCUGAGCUUCGACUGGGCUCUGGGAUCCAUCAGACUCGUGGACUCCGUGUUAGAUAUGCGACUCAUUCCAAUUGUGAUAUUCUGGGUAUUCCUCUGCGCCCUCAUCUGGACAUCCGUGCACAAAGCACAACAGAUUCUCGCCAUCGCUCUGGUCGUGAUACCUUUCCUGCCGGCUUGUGGGAUCGUGAAGCUGGGCUUCGUUAUUGCUGAGAGAGUGCUGUACAUCUCUUCGCUCGGACAUUGCUUCCUGAUCGCCCUGAGCGUUCAGAGGCUCUGGGAAUUUGCGCCCAAGUGCAGGAAACUCCUCUCCAUCGCUGUGAUCUUCUGUGUAGUGAUUUUUAUCGCCAGGACGCGAGCCAGAGCACAAGAGUGGACUUCGGAGGAACUCCUCUUCUCGUCUGCUUUGCGAGUGUGUCCGAACAACGCCAAGGUUCACUACAACAUCGCUCGAUUGGCCACUGAUCGCGGAGAGAGAGACAAGGCUUUCACAUUCUACCAUCAGGCCAUAGAUCUCUUUCCCGAGUAUGAAUCCGCGAUUAUGAAUCUGGGGAAUCUCUACAGAGAGAUCGGACAGUUCCAGAAGGCCGAGACACUUCUCAUGCGCUCUCUGGAGCUGCUCGAGGAGUUCCCAGCGGCCUGGAUGAACCUGGGAAUUGUCCAAGCAGCACUGAAGAAGUAUGAUCAAUCCCUCCAGAGCUACCGAAAGGCUCUCAAGUACCGGAAAAACUACCCAACUUGUCUGUAUAAUAUGGGGAAUCUUUUUAUUGAGAUGAAGAACACAACAAUGGCUCAGCAGUUCUGGUCAGAGGCGAUCACAAUGAAUCCUCGCCACGCGAAGGCUUGGGCCAACAUCCUGGCAUUGCUGGACAAUGAGGGACGCACCGAGGAAGUGAUUAGGAUGUCAGCUCUGGCGCUGAUGCACAUUCCCGAUGAUCCAGCAAUAUUCUUCACCCGUGCAAAUGCUUAUGGUAAAAUUGGCGAUUUCCAGGAGUCUGAAAGACUCUUCCUCCAGGCGAUUAAAUUGCGACCAAACUAUGCCAUGUACUACGCUAAUCUCGGUGUUCUCUACCAUCGAUGGCGAAAGCGUGCAAAGGCGAUCGAAUUCUAUCAGAAAGCCCUCAAAGUGGAUCCCAAUCUGCGCAGUGUCCGUGAGAACUUGUCUAAACUACAGCAAUAA